AAUAGCUAAUUGGACAAACUCUAUUAUACCAUCCAAAUAUGGCAAACGUGACUUAUGAGUUUGUGUAAAGACUUUCCAUAACAGAGCAAUGGAUAGAUUUUGACAUUUUGUUGAUAACUUUUAUUCACUUGAAGGUUCUAUUUUAUAUUACGUGCAAGCAUCCACUCAUUCAAUUUCUUCACUCCUACUACAAGUACUAACAAAAUUAACAAUUUCCCAACAAAUCCCUAGAUGUCCUUUCUCUAGCAAUCGAAGUAACUAUUUUAGUUUCAUUAAAAUAACAUAUCACUCGAAUGACUAUAUAAUACCAAAACACCUUCUUGUCGUUCUCUUCUCCCAAUACCUUAAAACUUAAACCAAAAUAGAUUUUGCUUCAUCCAAUAUCUCGAACAUGGGUAUAAAAGUUUCAUCAAAGAUCAAAAGAAUUCUCGCAUCGACAGCUUCGGGUAGUUCAAGUCCCAAAGAUGGUGAUGAUGUGGAUGUUCGAGAAGAAUAUGCAAACGCCUUUCGUACAGAGUCAUACAAUCAGUUUUGGACACGUGUCAUACACUUAAGCCGUAAAAAGUCCACGGUGUCUUCUUCUUCUUCACCAAUUGAAUCAUCCUCCACGUCAGCUCGUCUAAUGUCCUAUCGCCUCUUCGCACAUAAUCUCCUAGACCCGGAUCCAAAUACCAUUACCCGGAUACUGGAUGUAUCCCGGGUCGGACGACCCACCCGAACUCUUCUCACUGAUUACUUCUUGGAGACGGCAAAUGCUUUCUUGCUUUGCACGUUAUUACUUAAAAACAUUCAUCGUCUUCGUUCUAAAUACGAGUCUUUGAAACCUAAAUUUCAAUCGGAGAAUCAUAAUUCAUUGGAUUUAGUAGACCAAUUCACGGAGAUAUCAAAAUGGUUUGACCCGUUUAUCUCGUCGGGUUCUAGGAUCCAGCUAAUCAGAUCCAGCUGUUUAGACUUGCUAAAACGGCUAGAGUCAAGUCGAGACAAGACACGAGCCAAACUCAAGCUUAUCAACGGACUAACUCAUAGCUCAGGGCUUCUCGUUUUGGCUCUAACAACUACAUUGAUUGUAACCAUAGCCUCUCACGCCUUUGCUUUGUUUAUAGCCGGUCCGACUCUUUUAACCGGUCGAUUCAAACCAGCCGGGUUAAGAAAUAAGUUGACGAAAACAGCGGCUCGACUCGACGUGGCUGCGAAAGGUACUUACAUUUUAAGCCGUGAUUUAGACACGAUAAGCCGACUAGUAACUCGGAUUAACGAUGAAGUGGACCAUGUUCGAGCCAUGGCUGAGUUUUGGGUUGGGAGAGGGUCGGGUCGGGUUCGAGGCAGUGAAGAAGUGGCUCGAGAGUUAAAGAGAUGUGAAGAAAGCUUUAGUGAAGAACUUGAUGAGCUUGAAGAACAUAUCUACUUGUGUUUCAUGACUAUUAAUCGGGCAAGGAAUCUUGUUGUUAGAGAGGUUUUGGAUUCGGAUGAUCCACCUAAUUGUUCAUUCGCUCCCAAAUCCAAAAAAAAAUUGUAGUAUAUUUUUUAUCAUGUCGAUUUUAUUAUUUCUUUUGUUUUGGUUUACAAUGUAUUAUUUCUUUUUACCAUCAAUAAUAUAUUUUUUAAUUCCUA